AGUGGAGAUUUUGCUAAUUACCAUUGCUCAGGGAUGAUGAUGAUGAUAUGAUGAAGAAGCAUUUAAGUAAUUAAACUCUUAACAACGCCCCUCCCUCUCUCUCCUCUUUCUAUAUUUAAUAAUCCCAGCCCUUAGAAUACCCAAGUGAAAGAAGACUCCUCCUCCCUUCAUCUUCACUCUUCGCCAACCCAUUGACACAAAACCAAAAAUCAUUCCUGAUCCUAAAAUCCCCUUUUUAUUUGCAACAGUUGAAUUAUGCAGCCUUGUAGUCGUGAAAUGCAAGCAAUGAACUCUCUCUUAAGCCCAACGCAACCAAUCCCUCUCCAAGACCUUCAACCCAACGGAAACAGCGGCACUCACCAGGCGCAGAUCCACAACCCACAGUUCGAUCCCACCUCCUCCCACGAUGACUUCUUAGACCAGAUGCUCUCCACUCUCCCUUCUUGCUCCUGGUCCGACCUCAAGUCACCUUGGGACCCGCCUAAAUCUGAUGAAACGCCGCCUUCUAAUCCUGACAAUAAUGCUGGGUUUCACUACGAUGAGAUUCUAGCCUCCAAGCUUAGACAACAUCAAAUCAACGGCGGCGGCGGAGGGACUACUGCAGCUAUGAAGAUGAUGAUGCAACAGCAGAUGUUGUUACCGGGAAGACCCAUCGCCGCCGCAGGUGGAGGAGGGUUGACUAUGCCGUUGCAUAACGAUAUCGUUGAUGGGUCUCCGUUUAAGUCCCCCAAUCAACAGGGUGGGGAGGGUUCCGUGCAAGCUUUGUAUAACGGUUUCGGUGCUGGAUCUUUGCAUGGGACUAAUAAUCAGUCACCGAACCAGCCUCAGCAUUUUCACCAUCCUCAGGGAGGCAAUAUGCAGACACAAAGCUUUGGAGCAACAGCAGGGACAGUUAUGAACCAAAGUCAGGCAAGCGGAUCGACAACGGGAGGUACACCGGCUCAACCCAAACAAAGAGUUAGGGCUAGAAGGGGUCAAGCUACUGAUCCCCACAGCAUCGCUGAAAGAUUACGCAGAGAGAGAAUUGCAGAGAGAAUGAAAGCUCUUCAAGAACUGGUUCCCAAUGCCAAUAAGACAGAUAAAGCUUCAAUGCUUGAUGAGAUAAUCGACUAUGUCAAAUUCCUCCAGCUCCAAGUCAAGGUUCUGAGUAUGAGUAGGUUGGGCGGUGCCGCUGCUGUUGCUCCCCUUGUUGCUGAUAUGCCACCUGAGGGAGGUGAUUGUGUUCAAACGACCGCUGGCGGUGGUGGGUCCCUUCAGAGAAAUUCUAACGGUAACCAACCGUCUGCGAAUAACGACAGCUUAACGGUGACGGAGCACCAAGUGGCUAAGCUAAUGGAGGAAGACAUGGGGUCCGCCAUGCAGUACCUGCAAGGGAAGGGACUUUGCCUCAUGCCCAUUUCCCUGGCCACCGCUAUCUCAACCGCAACGUGUCAUUCCAGGAAUCCCAUGAUGAACAAGGGCAGCAGCAGCAACCACCCUUUGCUUCAAUCCAAUGGCGAUGGGCCUUCCUCGCCUAGCAUGUCCGUCUUGACUGUCCAGUCAGCUACAAUGGGUAACGGCGGUCUUGAUGGUUCCGCUAAAGAUGCUGCUUCCGUUUCCAAGCCGUGAUGACGGCGUUGACUGACUCAAAGCUCAAAAAAAAGGAUUUGUGGAGGGAAUUCAAAGGCCAGCUUUAAGUCUAGGAGAAUAAGGUGGUGAAGAAAGGAAACCGUAUUUACUUGGACUUUUGGUAAAGCCUAGCUGCUAAUCUGACCAAACCCCAACUAAAACAAUAACAAAUAUAAAAGAAGAGGAUUAACCCAAUCCAAUCCUUGGAACAACUUAUUAUUAAUAUUUUGAAUUGUUUUUGGUUUGUUCUUGUUAUUAUAUAUGUUAUUUGCAUGGAUUUAAAUGUAAAAUCAAAAUGAACAAAGUAUGGAUUAAAUAAUUACGCAAUUAUUAUAUGUGGAUGACUUUGCUAGUUUUAUCUGAAAA